AAGAAGUGGGCUUCUCCAUAAGCAUGACAUAGCAUCCUCCGAAGAAAACAAAGGCAGGAAUCGCUACAAGCAGAUUUAUGCAUACGACUAUAACCGUGUGCCCUUGACACCAGAGUUCGAUGGAGAAUCUGAAUAUAUCAACGCGAGCUACAUACACGGCUUUGAGAAGGCAAAUAAAUUCAUCGCUUCGCAGGGUGCAACUCAGAAAAAUUUAGAUGACUUAUGGCGUAUGAUAUGGCAGCAGAGGGUGGACAAGAUUGUGAUGCUGACACAUUUGAUUGAAAAGGGAACGAUGAAAUGCUUACAAUAUUGGCCUGAGGAGUUGAAUGGCGUAUGCAAGUAUGGACGAGUUGACGUCAAGUACGUUGAUGUCGAGGAGAUGUUUGAUUACAACAUCAGGACUUUCACACUCACGAAGGGACAGAAUACCAGGGUGGUCAAGCAGUUUCAUCUCAAAUCGUGGCCAGACAAAGGUGUUCCCGACACGGCCUGGUGUCUUGUAGACUUCUGGAGAACAGUGGAUACUCAGGAAGAGCACCAUUCACCCAUUCUGGUUCACUGCAGCGCUGGUGUUGGGCGAACAGGAACAUUUAUUGCUCUCGACAAUCUUAUUUCACAAGCUCAAAUUGAAAACUGUGUCAGACCAUUCCAGAUUGUCGAAGCUUUGCGCGAACAAAGGGUUAGCAUGGUUCAAACAAAGGAACAAUACACAUAUCUUCAUGAGGCCCUGGCGGAAGCUCUCCUGGUUGGGACACACCACGUGAUGACUAGACAGUUCGAAAGUGUCCACCAGUUCAUGAUUGGAAAAGCCAGUAAUUUGACAACUACUCGACUGGAGAAACAGUUAGAAUUGAUGCAUAUCGGCCUCAAAAUUAUAGAAGGAGUGAACCCACAGCUGAAAUGUAUCUCCCUGUAA